AUGUUAGUGCGUCAGGCUAGAAGAUCAGUCGUAGGACUUUCAAGAUUAUCAGUGACCAGAGCUGCUAUUCGCUUGAACAGCACCCAGGCUGCCGCUAGCCCAGUGGACCCCAAGAUUGCAAAGAUUGUGCAAGAUAUCUCACAACUCACGCUGUUAGAGACUUCUUCAUUGAUCUCAGAGUUGAAGAGUCAAUUGAAUAUUCCCGAUAUCGCUUUGCCUGUAGCAGGUGCCGUCCCAGCCGGUGGUGCAGCUCCAGCCUCUGCCGAGGAGACCAAUCAAGAAGAAGCCAAGGAGGAAAAAACUAUCUUCGCCAUCAAGUUGGAAUCAUUUGACACCAAGUCUAAGCCAAAAGUCAUCAAGGAGGUUAAAAACUUACUAGGAUUGUCUCUAGUGGAAGCUAAGAAGUUUGUUGAGGCUGCUCCAAAGAUCUUGAAAGACAAUGUUGCCAAGGAGGACGCUGAAAAGAUCAAGACCGCCCUAGAAGGUCUCGGUGCCAAGAUAAGUUUGGAGUAA